CUCGGCGAGUUCGUGGGAACGACCUUGUUCUGCUUCUUCGCGUUCGCCGGCACGACGGUCGCGUCGCUGCCUGCCACGUCGGUCACCGACUCGGGUGCGACUGCGACCCAGGGAGCCGUCCAGCCGUCGCCCAACACGUCCUCGCUUCUCUACGUCGCCCUGUCCUUCGGCUUCUCGCUCGCCGUCAACAUUCAGAUCUUCGCGGGCGUGUCGGGAGGCGUCUUCAACCCCGCCAUUUCUCUCGGACUCGCCCUCAUCGGCGCACACACGCCUGUGCGCGCCAUCAUCCUCACGAUUGCGCAGGUGCUCGGCUCGAUUGCCGGCGCCGGUAUCACCUCGGGCCUCCUUCCUGGUCCGCUCAACGUGCGCACGACGCUCGUGGCAGGCACGUCGGUCGUGCGAGGCCUGUUCAUCGAGAUGUUUUUGACCUGGCUCGUCCUCACGGUCGAGAAGAGCGCGAUCGGCGCCGAGGCGGGCUCUACCGCCCCCGUCUGCAUCGGUCUUGCGCUCUUCCUCGGCGAGCUCGUCGGAGUCUUCUACACCGGCGGCUCGCUCAACCCGGCGCGCUCGAUCGGCCCCGACAUCGUCAUCGGAACGUUUGACUUCUAUCACUGGAUUUACUGGCUCGGUCCCGCCAUGGGCGCUUGCCUCGCCGUCGCCUUCUGGAAGCUCAUUCGUUACGUCCACUUCGAG